GAUAAAUUUGCUCUCCAUCUCCAUCAACCUAACAAAGUAAACCCAUCAAAUCAAAGUUGUGUUUCAUCAUUCUUCUAUCUUCCAAAGUAAUUAAUAUAUAUCUAUGAUGGCUUCAUCAGAUGAUUCCACCAUUCCAAGUCACACAAAAGCAUGGUUCUAUUCAGAGCAUGGGAAUCCAGGUGAUGUUCUAAAGAUACAUCCAAAUUGGCCAAUACCAGAACUCAAAGAGGACCAAGUGCUCAUCAAAGUUGUGGCUGCAUCACUUAAUCCAGUUGAUAAUAAAAGAAUCACUGACUUCUACAAGGACAUUUACACUCCUGAUCCUCAUCUCCCUAUUGUUCCAGGGCUUGAUGUUGCAGGUAUAGUGGUGAAAGUGGGUGUUCAAGUCAAGAAAUUUAAAGUUGGUGAUGAAGUUUACGGCGACAUUAACGAGGAUGGCAUACAAAACCUUAAGAUUCUUGGAACAUUGUCAGAGUAUACUAUUGCUGAAGAGAGGCUUUUGGCUCACAAGCCUCCAAAUCUCAGCUUUGUUGAAGCUGCUAGCUUUCCUGCGGCAGUUGAGACUGCUUAUGAAGGACUUGAGAGAGCUGACUUUUCUGCUGGCAAAUCUAUUCUUGUUCUUGGAGGUGCUGGCGGUGUUGGAACCCAAGUUAUUCAGCUUGCGAAGCAUGUGUGGGGCGCAUCAAGGAUAGCAGCAACAUCAAGCACUGGAAAACUUGAAUUCUUAAGAAAACUGGGAGUUGACUUUCCUAUUGAUUACACAAAGGAGAACUUUGAGGAGCUGUCAGAAAAGUUUGAUCUAGUCUACGAUACAGUUGGGCAAACUGAAAGAGCCUUGAAAGGUGUAAAAGAAGGUGGGAAAGUAGUGACAAUAGUACCUCCUGGAGUUCCACCAGCUAUCUUUUUCGUUCUCACUUCCAAAGGAUCUAUCUUAGACAAAUUAAGGCCUUUCUUUGAGAGCGGCAAGGUCAAGCCAGUUCUGGAUCCUCUCACUCCAGUGCCAUUUUCUCAAGUCAUUCAUGCUCUUUCUUACAUUCAAACUGCAAAAGCCACAGGAAAGGUGGUCGUUUAUCCCAUCCCAUGAAUAUUAUUAUUACUACUUAAUAUAUAUUAAAAAUAUUAUAUGUACUUUAAAAUUAACUAUUAA